AUGGCUGAUGAGGGCACGUCCUCGCUGCACAAACUGCACGAUUCAAUGGCAGAUCUCUCCACCAGGCUCGCGCAACUGAGGGUCUCAAGCCCCAAGAAGGGUCCUUUGCCAGGUCUUGCCACGUACAAUUCGCCGGAGAUGACCCCAGCCAAGCCACAGCAGAUCGAGACUCCAGCUUCCUCAGAGUCCACAAUGUUCAUGCAGCAAGAGCUGACGAAGAGUGGACCAGCCCUAGGCAUGAAGAGUGUGGCGGUUGCCGCCUCCAUGGCUAAGUCCAGAUCGGCCACAACAGGACUAUCUCAGACUGCGACCGAAGAUACUCACGAAGGCCGAGUCGCAGACCAAUGCAUUGUCUCGCCUGGAUCCUUGGGAAGCACAUCGAGCACAUUGCCACAGCGCGCAGACCUUCAGGACACGUCUGACGCAAUGACGACCCGUGUCUUCGAUGGGGGCAUGUGCCUCCCCAUCAGACCAUGGCUCAGGUCAAGCCGGACAUCCUUCCUGGCCUACAACCCCGUGCUCGAGCAAGACCCGCAGAUCAUCACUCAAGUCAACCCGGACGUCAUCCUCCACAUCGGUCUCGCAGCCGGGCGGAGCUACUUCAUGCCCGAAUGGAUGACAUCGGCUCGACACCGCCCGUCCGACUCGGAUAUUCAACCAGGCCAACAACCCGCUGAUAGGAACAUAAGGACCAUGUCAGCCUUCAGAACCUCGUCAACCUCAUUGUGGCAGGUUGUCGGUUUUGAAAGCGGUUGA